GCGCUCUCCCAGCGGCGGGCGGCCGCCUUUGCAGCAGCGCGGAGCCUUUCCCUCCCCCAUGUACCUUCUGGGGCUUUCCUCCCUUCCCGUCCUCCUCCUUCCUGGGAAGUGAGCUGCUGGUGCGGAUCGGACCCGUUCCUGGACGAUGCGGCCGGAUUCGUUGCGGGAUUGUGUUGCACGAGUUGCGUUUUGAAUGAAGGAGAAGAGUUGGGUUUUGUGGUUUUCUUCUUUUCUUUUUCUUUCUUUCUUUUUUUUUUUAAAGCGAUCCCGACUAUUGGGUUCGCCGUACUUUUAAUUAUUAUUUUAUUUAAACCUACGGCACACGGUUGUAUUCUUCGUUCUAAGAUGCGUUAAAGAUCUCUUUUACGGUAACUUUCCCCCCUCCUCCCCCCACGCCCAUGCCCGGGUGCGGGAUCCGAGGCGCUCGGGUGAAGUGAGCUUCCUGGCGCGGCGGGGUGUCCCCCAGCCCCCGCGGUGCCUGACCGUCGCGUGCGGAGCGAGGGGCGGAUUGUGCGAACCGCGCCUCUGACAACGGAGGCUCUCGGACCCUCGGAGUGCAAACCGCACGGCUCCUGGAAGUGGAAAGCGGCGGGCCCCCGAGCAACCAUGUCUGGAGAAGUGCGCUUGAGGCAGUUGGAGCAGUUCAUUUUGGACGGGCCGGCUCAGACCAAUGGGCAGUGCUUCAGCGUGGAGACGCUGCUGGACAUCCUCAUCUGCCUUUACGAUGAAUGCAACAAUUCUCCGCUGCGGAGGGAGAAGAACAUUCUUGAAUACCUGGAAUGGGCCAAACCAUUUACUUCUAAAGUGAAACAGAUGCGCCUACAUAGAGAAGACUUUGAGAUAUUGAAGGUGAUAGGUCGAGGAGCUUUUGGAGAGGUUGCUGUAGUGAAACUAAAAAAUGCAGAUAAAGUAUUUGCCAUGAAAAUAUUGAAUAAAUGGGAAAUGCUGAAAAGGGCUGAGACAGCAUGUUUUCGUGAAGAAAGGGAUGUAUUAGUGAAUGGAGAUAAUAAAUGGAUUACAACUCUGCAUUAUGCUUUCCAGGAUGACAAUAAUUUAUACUUGGUCAUGGAUUAUUAUGUUGGUGGGGAUUUGCUUACUCUGCUCAGCAAAUUUGAAGAUCGAUUGCCUGAAGAUAUGGCUCGAUUUUACUUGGCCGAGAUGGUGAUCGCAAUCGAUUCUGUUCAUCAGCUGCACUAUGUGCAUAGGGACAUCAAACCAGACAAUAUAUUGAUGGAUAUGAAUGGACAUAUUCGAUUAGCAGAUUUUGGUUCUUGUCUGAAGCUGAUGGAAGAUGGAACGGUCCAGUCCUCAGUGGCUGUUGGAACUCCAGAUUAUAUCUCUCCUGAAAUCCUUCAAGCCAUGGAAGAUGGGAAAGGAAGAUACGGGCCUGAAUGUGACUGGUGGUCUCUGGGGGUCUGUAUGUACGAAAUGCUUUAUGGAGAAACACCAUUUUAUGCAGAAUCUCUGGUGGAGACCUAUGGAAAAAUCAUGAAUCAUAAAGAGAGGUUUCAGUUUCCAGCUCAAGUGACUGAUGUGUCUGAAAAUGCUAAAGAUCUGAUUCGUAGGCUCAUUUGCAGCCGAGAACAUCGACUUGGCCAAAAUGGAAUAGAAGACUUUAAGAAACACCCAUUUUUCAAUGGAAUUGAUUGGGAUAAUAUUCGAAACUGUGAAGCACCUUAUAUUCCAGAAGUUAGUAGCCCAACAGAUACAUCGAAUUUUGAUGUGGAUGAUGAUUGUUUAAAGAAUUCUGAAACGAUGCCCCCACCCACACAUACUGCAUUUUCUGGCCACCACCUGCCAUUUGUUGGUUUCACAUAUACCAGUAGCUGUGUUCUUUCUGAUCGGAGCUGUUUACGGGUCACGGCUGGUCCUGCAUCCCUGGACCUUGACGUCAGUGUCCAGCGGACUCUAGACAACAACCUGGCCACUGAGGCAUAUGAGAGGAGAAUUAAGCGCCUCGAACAGGAGAAGCUGGAGCUGAGUCGGAAGCUUCAAGAGUCAACACAGACUGUCCAAGCUCUACAGUAUUCAACUGCUGAUGGCCCACUAACAGCAAGCAAAGAUUUAGAAAUAAAAACCUUGAAAGAAGAAAUUGAAAACCUAAGGAAACAAAUAAGAGAAUCAAGUCAUUUGGAACAACAACUUGAAGAAGCCAACUCUGUGAGGAGAGAGUUAGAUGAUGCUUUUCGACAAAUCAAGGCUUAUGAAAAACAAAUCAGAAUACUUCAACAAGAAAGGGAAGAAUUAAACAAGGAACUAGUCCAGGCUAGUGAGCGAUUAAAAAACCAGUCCAAAGAGCUGAAAGACGCACACUGUCAGAGGAAACUGGCCAUGCAGGAAUUCAUGGAGAUCAAUGAGCGGCUAACAGAAUUGCACACCCAAAAACAGAAACUUGCUCGCCAUGUCCGAGAUAAGGAAGAAGAGGUGGACCUGGUGAUGCAAAAAGUUGAAAGCUUAAGGCAAGAACUGCGCAGAACAGAGAGAGCCAAAAAAGAGCUGGAAGUUCAUACAGAAGCUGUGGCUGCUGAAGCAUCUAAAGAUAGGAAACUGCGUGAACAGAGUGAGCAUUAUUCUAAGCAACUGGAAAAUGAAUUGGAGGGUCUAAAGCAGAAACAAAUUAGUUACUCCCCAGGACUGUGCAGCAUAGAACACCAGCAGGAGAUAUCCAAACUAAAGACGGAUUUGGAAAAGAAAAGUAUCUUUUAUGAAGAGGAAUUGUCUAAAAGAGAAGGAAUACAUGCAAAUGAAAUUAAAAAUCUGAAGAAAGAACUUCAUGAUUCAGAAGGCCAGCAACUUGCUCUCAACAAGGAAAUCAUGAUUUUGAAAGACAAAUUAGAGAAAAACAGAAGAGAGAGUCAAAGUGAAAGGGAAGAAUUUGAAAAUGAAUUCAAACAACAAUAUGAACGAGAAAAAGUAUUAUUAACGGAAGAAAAUAAAAAACUGACAAGUGAACUUGAUAAGCUCACCACUUUGUAUGAAAAUAUAAGUAUGCGCAACCAGCAGUUAGAAGAAGAGGUGAAAGACCUAGCAGACAAGAAAGAAUCAGUUGCACAUUGGGAAGCCCAAAUCACAGAAAUAAUUCAGUGGGUCAGUGAUGAAAAGGAUGCACGAGGGUAUCUCCAGGCCUUAGCUUCUAAAAUGACUGAAGAAUUGGAAGCUUUGAGGAAUUCCAGCUUGGGUGCACGAGCAACAGAUAUGCCCUGGAAAAUGCGUCGUUUUGCAAAAUUGGAUAUGUCAGCUAGACUGGAGUUGCAGUCAGCUCUGGAUGCAGAAAUAAGAGCUAAACAGGCCAUCCAAGAAGAACUGAAUAAAGUUAAAGCAUCUAACAUCAUCACAGAAUGUAAACUAAAAGAUUCAGAGAAGAAGAACUUGGAGCUCCUCUCAGAAAUCGAACAACUGAUAAAGGACACUGAAGAGCUUAGAUCUGAAAAGGGUAUAGAGCACCAAGACUCACAGCAUUCUUUCUUGGCAUUUUUGAAUACGCCUACCGAUGCUCUGGAUCAAUUUGAAGAUUCCUUUUCUUCUUCCUCAUCUUCACUGAUUGAUUUUUUGGAUGACCGCUCUCCGUCCUGUACUCCAGCUAGCAAAGGCAGACGUACCGACCCCGUUGAGAGCACAUAUGUACGGAAUCCGAACGUCAAGGUUAACGUCCAGUCAAGGUCCACAUCUCCUUCUACAUCUAGUGAAGCUGAGCCACUUAAGAUUGUAGACAGUACUCCUCUUCCAGCUCACACACCAACCUUAAGGAAAAAGGGAUGUCCUGGUUCAACUGGCUUUCCAGCUAAGCGCAAGACUCAUCAGUUUUUUGUCAAAUCUUUCACAACACCUACCAGAUGCCACCAGUGCACCUCUCUGAUGGUUGGUUUGAUAAGACAAGGCUGUUCCUGUGAGGUGUGCGGAUUCUCAUGUCAUAUAACUUGUGUAAACAAAGCUCCAACUGCUUGUCCAGUCCCUCCUGAGCAGACAAAAGGUCCUCUGGGGAUAGAUCCACAGAAAGGAAUAGGAACAGCCUAUGAAGGUCAUGUCAGGAUUCCGAAACCAGCUGGAGUAAAGAAAGGAUGGCAGAGAGCCCUGGCUGUGGUUUGUGACUUUAAACUCUUCCUGUAUGAUGUCGCUGAAGGAAAAGCAUCUCAGCCCAGCGUUGUGGUCAGUCAGGUGAUUGACAUGAGGGAUGAAGAAUUUUCUGUGAGUUCAGUGUUGGCUUCUGAUGUUAUUCAUGCAAGUCGAAAAGAUAUACCCUGUAUAUUCAGAGUCACAGCUUCCCAGCUCUCAGCAUCUGACAGCAGGUGUUCGGUCCUAAUGCUCGCAGAGAGUGAGAGCGAGAGGAACAAGUGGGUGGGCGUGCUCAACGAGCUGCAUAAGAUUUUGAAGAAAAGCAAAUUCAGAGACCGCUCCGUCUAUGUUCCCAAGGAGGCUUAUGACAGCACUCUGCCCCUCAUUAAAACAACCCAGGCAGCUGCAAUCAUAGAUCACGAAAGGAUAGCUCUGGGCAAUGAAGAAGGGUUGUUUGUUGUGCACGUCACCAAAGAUGAAAUUAUUAGAGUUGGUGAUAAUAAGAAGAUACAUCAGAUUGAACUCAUUCCAAAUGAUCAGCUUGUUGCUGUGAUCUCAGGACGAAAUCGUCAUGUACGACUUUUUCCUAUAUCAGCUUUGGACGGACGAGAGACUGAUUUUUAUAAGCUGGCAGAAACUAAAGGGUGUCAGACCAUAACUUCGGGCAAAGUGUGCCAUGGAGCUCUCACAUGCCUGUGUGUGGCUAUGAAAAGGCAGGUCCUCUGUUAUGAACUAUUUCAGAGCAAGACCCGUCACAGGAAAUUUAAGGAAAUUCAAGUCCCAUAUAACGUGCAAUGGAUGGCGAUCUUCAGUGAACAGCUCUGCGUGGGAUUCCAGUCGGGAUUCCUAAGAUACCCGUUGAAUGGAGAGGGAAGCCCGUACAGUAUGCUCCAUUCAAAUGACCACACACUGUCAUUUAUUGCCCACCAGCCAAUGGAUGCCAUCUGCGCAGUUGAGAUCUCCAGUAAAGAGUAUCUGCUGUGUUUUAACAGCAUUGGGAUAUACACUGACUGCCAGGGCCGGAGAUCGAGACAACAGGAGUUGAUGUGGCCGUCAAAUCCCUCCUCUUGUUGUUACAACGCACCAUAUCUCUCAGUGUAUAGUGAGAAUGCAGUUGAUAUCUUCGAUGUGAACUCCAUGGAAUGGAUUCAGACUCUCCCACUCAAAAAGGUUCGACCCUUAAACAGUGAAGGAUCAUUAAACCUUUUAGGGCUGGAGACAAUUAGAUUAAUAUAUUUCAAAAAUAAGAUGGCAGAAGGGGAUGAACUGGUGGUUCCUGAAACAUCGGACAAUAGUCGGAAGCAGAUGGUUAGAAACAUCAACAACAAGCGACGCUUCUCCUUCAGGGUCCCAGAAGAGGAGAGGAUGCAGCAGAGGAGAGAGAUGCUACGAGAUCCAGAAAUGAGAAAUAAAUUAAUUUCUAACCCAACUAAUUUUAACCACAUAGCACACAUGGGCCCAGGGGAUGGAAUACAGAUCCUAAAAGACCUGCCCAUGCCAGGCUUCCCUUAUCCAUCCCCAAAUCAUCACUCCGGUCUGAUCUCCUCUCCGAUCAACUUUGAGCACAUCUAUCACAUGACUGUUAAUUCUGCUGAAAAAUUUCUCUCUCCUGAUUCCAUAAACCCUGCAUAUUCCCCGUCUCUGCGCUCUGUCCCCGGUACACCAAGCUUUAUGACUCUGAGGAACCCUCGGCCUCAGGAAAGCCGGACCGUGUUCAGCGGCUCAGUCAGUAUUCCAUCCAUCACUAAAUCCCGCCCUGAGCCCGGCCGCUCCAUGAGCGCCAGCAGCGGCCUUUCAGCAAGGUCAUCUGCACAGAAUGGCAGUGCAUUAAAGAGAGAAUUCUCCGGAGGAAGCUAUAAUGCUAAGUGGCAGCCCAUGCCCUCCCCAUCAGAGGGCUCCUUGUCUUCCGGAGGCAUGGACCAGGGAAGUGACGCCCCAGCCAGGGACUAUGACGGAGAGGACUCGGAUUCUCCGAGGCACUCCACAGCUUCCAACAGCUCCAACCUCAGCAGCCCGCCCAGCCCAGUGUCACCUCGGAAGACCAAGAGCCUGUCCCUGGAGAGCACCGACCGUGGUACCUGGGACCCGUGACCCUGACCGGCUCUGGCUCCUCCCUCUGCUGCCCUGUCUCCACGUCAGUCCCCUACCCCUGCCCAGAAGGCCCAGGGCCUGCUGCAGGAGCAGAGUGGGGGCUCGGGACAGUGACAUAGUUCUUGCAGCCCCUGCCCCACUCUGUGCUGCCCUCCCCCCACGCCCCCUCUGCCCCCACCAUGCUCCCUCCACUUAACAGCAACAGCCCUAAAGGCAGACUCACUGAGCAGCUUCGAGGACUAUUGAUUCCAUUUCCUACACUUAGAGUUGCUUCCCAUCAUCGUGUCCCCUCCCCAAAGGUAGCUCAAGUAGACAGAGGCCCGGCAGAUCUGUUCCCACUGCAGAGUCGUCCCGUCGUCCCCACUGCCCCCGGGCCCUGCACCCAGCCGCCUGUCCCCCCCCUUCCCCCCCCCGCCGCGCCCCCUGCGCCCACAGCCAGUCAACCUGAUCGUUGCCAGUAAAUCCUUAUCCACUACAACAGUGCAUAUUUUACUACAAUACAGAGUUUAAGUACACAAAUGUAGAGGUUAAAUACUGAAUGUACAUAGUAAAAAGCAUCUUGUAUUCAACAAAGAUGGAUUCCUAUAUAAGAGAGAGAUCAUUUAAUUUAAAGAAAUGUGUUGUUUCUUGUCUGUUUUCCAGCUAAGUGGUUUCAAGGGUAGGAAGGCCUCACGCUGAUGUUCGUAGACGUUCGUAGACAUUGGUAGCCGGAGAGGGAGACAAGACAGUUCCCUGUGGUCGGGCCACAGUCCCCCGGGGGCUUCAGGAAGACAUUCUGAAAGCCCGUCUGGCUUCUCUGGGCUGCGGCCUGCGCUCAAGGCUUAACCUUGGAAGCUGCCUUAGGGGCAGCAAAAAACACUUCCACGUCUUUCACUAGCAGUAGAAUUCAAACCACACUCCUCGGUUUUUAUUGUAUUUUGUUAUCUUCUGCAGAAGAAUGUAGAAAUGCAGUCUUGUCACCUCCCGAGUCCUUCCACUGAACACGCAAGGGAUGGCACGGCCUCCGAGGGUCCUUACCCAGGUUCCUGGAAGUGCUUUCCCCCGGGCUAAGCCCCCCCCCCCCCCCCCCGCCGGGCUCCUGGGGAAGCCUGAGUCUAAUUACCAAAUAAUAGAAAACCUGACAUGCAAGAACUUGAACAGCCUUAACCAAAUAUGCUUUCCCACCCCUGGGGGAGAACAGAACUGCUCCUAGAGCCGGGCAGGUGGGGCCGUGGCAGGUGCAGCCGUGGCCCUGGCCCUGGCACUACGGUCCGGGCGCCUGGUGGAGCUGCUGCUGUUCGAACCACCCAGGAGGCGAACGCACAGCCCCAGGGGCUUCGGAUCUUCCCGAGUAGUUCAUCAGUUAAGCACAUGAGCAGAGAAAGAAAUAAAAGUAUCUCAUGGAAGUGAAGAGAAUCUGGCUCUCUUACUUUUUAUCUAAAUUUUUCCUAGAACUGGCAGCAAGAUUUCCUUCUCUUUUUAAACCGCAGUUCCCGAGCACCGUGACCCCCGUGGCACAUAGUCCUCUGCGGAGCUGGGACCCGGUCCAGGCUGCCGCUGCUCUGAAACAUGCCCGAUGCUCGGUGAGGGAACAGAGGCCCAGUGGAGGCCACCGCGCCCAGACUGCUGACGGUUUGCUGCACACAGGGCACGAGCCACCACACAGUUCUCCUCUCUAAAUCUUUUGCUGCGGGGAAAGACAUGUCAUGUGAAAUACCCCUGGACAUCCCUGUGUCAAGGACCAGGCCAUGAGUGGUUCCUGCCCUGGGACCCAGUUGCCCUGGGAACUCAGCACUUCCCAGCAAGGACAGAAGCCCCCAGCCAGUGGCUGCCUCCCACCCUCCCGACCCUCCCUUGACUCUCACUUCCCUCCCCGGCCUCCCGGGCCAGGGGUCACAGGACUCUGCACUACGGCAUUAGUUUGUAGCUUCGACAACUACGUGAAUUGGUGUGGCCUAUAGGUGCUCAUUUUGUAAAAGAUGCUUUUAGGGUCAAAGUGUCACCCUCCCUGCGGUCUAGACAGCAGUUCAGGGAGUCACCACAGGGCACAGAAGAGAGACCCUAGAGGCAGUGGUGACCCGGGGACCUGCACCCUGGCACUUCCGCGUCUUCCCUCGGCAAUCUGAGGCCGUGUAGGUCAGUUCUGAGCAGGACAAAUUCCAACAGCUGUCCUGUUGGGAACAGGGGGAAACACUGCCACAGGUGAUAGUUUAGGAGGGCGGGUCUUCCUGAGAUAAUGAUCCUUCAGGGCUUAGGGCUUACCCCACACGCAGAUAUGAAGCAGUUACCCUCAGAAGCUUCUGAGAAGAAGGAUCUGAAAAGACAGGAUGGCAUCCAGGGAAACAGAGGGACCAUUCAGAGGGCUCAGGAGGAAGGACUGCUGCCUGAAGCCCUCCUUUGUUCUCUUGCAAGACCUUUGAAAAAUGCAUAUGGCAGCAGGAACACAUUUCACAGUAGGAAGGACAGAUCAGUGGGGCAUUUCUGGAAUAGUCUGUAUGUAUUGGUAUUUUGGUGCUAUGUCCAGCCAAUUUGUCUAUCCUGGAAUUCUAAUUUAAUCUCGUGUGCUUUGGGUAUAGAAAAAUCAUCCAGCAUACACAGAUCUCUUUCCUUUUGCCAAAAACAAAAGCCUUCCUCCUUGUCAAACGAUUAGUAGAUUUCACGUUUGUAGUUCCGGGCACACGCUCCCCCUUCAGCCAGGCAGGCCAGUUUCCGGGAGCACAGUUUGAAGGCUCGGAGCAGGAGAUGCACAGGCCCCCACGCUUCUUGUCCCCAGGCUUCUGGGACAAAUCUGAAAUCCCCGUUCUGUUGACAGCAACAGCCUGUCAUUCCUGGCUGGCUCUCAGCCUCUCUGCCUUCCAUAUGGUUAGAGUCAUGUCAUUUUGUUACUUAGUGGCCACAUCUAUUUCUGUGGAAGACAGGUUGCAUUUAAACCGACUCUGGUGCAGCGGUUUGGCGCCUGCCUUUGGCCCGGGGCGCGAUCCUGGAUACCCGGGAUCGAAUCCCACGUCGGGCUCCCCGUACAUGGAGCCUGCUUCUCCCUCUGCCUGUGUCUCUGCCUCUCUCUCUCUCUGUGACUAUCAUAAAUAAAUAAAUAUUUAGAAAAAAUAAAUAAAUAAACCGACUCUCCGGUAUCUGCCUAGGAGAGCCGGAGGGGGCGCAGGCAGACAUCCCAAGCAGCCCAGUAGGGCCACGUGUCAGCCCGUAGUGGUGGUCACGAGCCCUGUGGCCUCCCGGCUGAGCGGGACCCUGAAAGCUCCCCAUCCCGGCUUUGGCCGGAGCGGCACUCUCGGCAGUGGUCGGACCUGGCCGCUGCCCGGGUCCACAGGGCCCUGCGCCCCUGGCUCCCUGCCCGGCCCAAGUUCGUACAGGUGAGCUGCAGGACAUUCCACUGAACCCGUCAGGCCUCUUUCCUUGUUAGGACUUUAAUGAUCACUCAAGUGAGAUCCUCUGCAGAGUCCUGCUGGAGAGGAAGGCUGGCUUGCACGGGCGCCGUCCCCCUUGGCGCAGGCUGGCCCCGCCCUCCUUCCCAGGGAGGACAAUCACCACACACAGGAGCCACGUCACUUAUGAGGGCCGCUGAACAACAAACCUGGAAAUUUCAUGAAAACAAAAUGACCUGCCUUUUUAUUUGAUAGUGUAAUAUCAUUUAUUUUAUAAAUUUUUAGGGUUUUUUCUCAUUGUAAUAUUAUUGUACAGUUUUGCAUGGCCUAGGUGUAAUCAUUUUUUUGUUUAGAAUAUAAUGCUGACAAAUGUGUGUAUGGAAGGGAAAAAGAUGCUUUGGCCUCUCUUCUUUAUUGACUUUUAUUUGGUUUUACACCAUCAAAGUCUUAGGGAGGUUUAUAAGCAAUUCUCUGCUACCAGACAAUGGUGUGGAUUCUUUUGCACAGAAAUAUUUAAGGUGGGAUAGUCAAAAAUGUAACAAGACUCCUCACCAAUAUUUUAUGUUGGUAUCACUUAAUAUUAACAGAAUUUGAUGUAUUGCAAUAAAACAGGGAACUGUUAGACCUGA